GGUUUCACCCUUGACGUCCACCUGGGUGUGUCAGUGGAUACUAUUUUAAGCUUUGGAACCAAUGGUAGUGUCACACAGAUAACCAAGAGUAGCAGACUGUAAGUGCCAGAACACUUGUGAUUGUAUAGAAAUGGAUACCAAAACCUCAGGACCAGCUUCUGUCUCUCCGGUACCUGACAAUAUUCCGUCUGGAUUAGCUGUUUUCAGAACAAUACCAUAUGCCUUCAUUUUACCAGAGCUGAUCUUUGGCUGCUGGGUUUGGAUUCUUGUAGCAGCUACCAACGUAUACUUCCCUUUGCUGCAAGGAUGGGUUAUGUAUGUGUCGGUCAGUUCUUUUGUCAUCUCCCUGCUGCUUCUACUGUCUUACCUGUUUGGCUUCCACAAAAACUAUGAUUCAUGGAAAAUUCUGGAUAGUCUUUAUCACGGAGCCACUGGCAUCUUCUACAUGAGUGCUGCAGUGUUGCAGGCGAAUGCAACAAUCCGUUCUGAGACAGAAGUGCCAAACGAAUAUAUACCCCGCUAUUAUCAGCUCAAUGUUGCGGCCACGUUCUUCGCAUUCAUCACUACGCUGCUGUAUAUUUUGCAUGCCUUCAGCCACUACUACCACUGAAAAAUGCCGGGGGGGAAAAAAACAUCAUGAGGCCAAAGUCAACCUCGAAGAAAGACACGACUUGGGAUUUGUGCUCCAAAACAGAUUGUUAACAUUUGUGUAAGAACAGAGCUCAGGCCUUUCAUCCUCAAGCGCAUUCUCGUGCUGGGUUUGGUUCAAACGUGCACUCUGUUCAUUUUAUGCCAUGCUCUGUAUGAAAACUCACCCAAAUCUUGAUUACACAAUAUUUCCAGUUGUGCAAUAUCACAUUGUUUUGGCCUUGUAAAGCCUGUGUAAAUAAUAUACUCAUUUAUUUAAGAAGUAGUUUUUCCAAACCUGUUCUCUUCAAGGGAAACAUUUCUGUGCCAAUUCCACUUCUGAGAAACCUUCAUAGGUCCUCUGUGUAAGCAUAGCAUGUUGCAGAACGUUCUGGGAUAUGUUUUAAAAUUGCUGUCAGGCAUUGUUGGAAAAGUUCUAUUUCCAUACACAUUAUGCAUGCCCUGAAAUGCAUCUUUUAUCAUGUCUCUCAAGGAAGCUUGUUUGGUUGUGGAUUGUAGUUUCCUCUGUAAGGUUUCAGAGUACAGUAUUCCUAACUUCCUUGGAAGAUAGCUUGAAAACCAUUCCCUCAAGCAGUUGGGUUAACAACAUGUUAUAAUGUCUAAAUGACUGAAUUCACAUGUUAUUUUUGAUGUAAUAUUGUUGCCCUAUAAUCAUUUUUGCAUCAGCUUUUCAUGGGAAUUGUACCUUGAGAAUGUAAGUGUUUGCAAAGGACAGCAAUGUGUAUUUACUUUAUGGGAGGAAUGGUUAAUUUCAACAUAAUCAGUAUACCACUUGCAACUAUAUGGGAGCACAUUAAUAAGAAAAGCUCAUCCUGUGAAACUGAAAAGGUCUUCCCGGUUCUUAUAUCAUCAGAUCUAAAAGUCGUGAAUGAGCUCACCCUUAUAUUUUCAUAAUACUGAUGUAUGUACAAUUUUUCUAUCUUUACUUAUUACAUAGCAAGUUUGUUUUAAUGGGGAAAUAUGAAGUAACUUAUUGGUGAACCUGUAUGUUUUUUAAUAUUAUUUUCUUCAUUUUAUAUUGCUGUUUUAGUUAUCUAUCCUUCUCCUGGACAAUAUGACUGACUUUCCUCUCUU